AUGGCUGACCGUUACUCCUUCUCCUUGACAACCUUCUCGCCCAGCGGCAAGCUGGUGCAGAUUGAAUAUGCCUUGAAUGCAGUCAACCAGGGUGUCACAGCUCUCGGUAUCAAAGCUACCAACGGAAUUGUCCUGGCAACUGAAAAGAAAUCCUCCUCGCCUUUGAUCGACCCGCCCUCCCUCUCGAAGAUUUCGUUGGUCACCCCAGAUAUCGGGAUGGUAUACGCCGGCAUGGGCCCCGACUACCGGGUCCUAGUGGACAAGGCGCGGAAGGUGUCACACACUGGCUACAAGCGAAUCUACAACGAAUACCCGCCGACACGGAUACUGGUGCAGGACGUGGCGCGGGUGGUGCAAGAGGCCACGCAGUCUGGAGGUGUUCGGCCGUACGGUGUCAGUCUGCUGGUUGCGGGCUGGGACGAGGGCGUGGAGCCGGAAGGUCAGGGCGGCAAGACCGGCGGUAUCCUCAAGGGUGGUCCCAGUCUGUACCAGGUUGAUCCCAGUGGUAGCUACUAUCCCUGGAAGGCGACGGCCAUCGGCAAGCACGCUACCAGCGCGAAGACUUUCCUGGAGAAGAGGUACACCGAGGGACUGGAGCUGGAGGAUGCCAUUCAUAUUGCGCUGUUGACGCUCAAGGAGACGAUUGAGGGUGAGAUGAACGGGGACACAAUAGAGAUCGGCAUUGUUGGCCCGCCGGCAGACCACCUGUUGGGCUACGAAGGUGUUGAGGGUGCGCAGGGACCUCGGUUCAGGAAGUUGACCAAGGAGCAGAUCGAGGACUACCUGACCAACCUGUGA